GCCGGGACACCUGGAGGAGUGUUAUGCCGGCGGUGCUGAUGAUCUUGUCCGCGGUGCUGCUGUGCUGCGGGUGUGGAGGGAUCGCACUGCUCCUGAGACGUCGGCUGCCCCGGGGACUCAUGGCCCGGACAGAGAAGCCCCUCUUCAAGAUCGCGUAUGGUCUGUAUACGCGGACCAGACUCGGCUACUGGUUCUACAAGAGACAGCUGAAGAAGGCACGAGAACGCUUCCCACAUGGACACUCUUCUACACAGGCCAUCGUCUUCAGCGGUGUGAAAGUGGUUCCCAUCCCCGUCCUAUCCGAUAACUACAGCUACCUUGUCAUUGACACUACGUCCAGCCAGGCAGUGGCUGUGGACCCCUCAGAUCCCGUUGCUGUACAGGCAUACCUGGACCGAGAAGGUGUCACCCUAGAAGCAAUACUUUGUACUCAUAAACACUGGGAUCAUAGUGGAGGGAAUAAAUCUCUGAAGAAACUUCACAAGUCAUGCCGGGUAUUCGGGAGCUCCUGUGACGAUAUCCCAGAACUGACAAACCCACUCUCUGACCGGGAUCAGCUCACCGUUGGGCGUCUGCAGUUUCAGGCCUACUUCACGCCCGGUCACACGGUUGGUCACAUGAUCUAUGUGCUGGAUGGCAAGUCUGGGGACGGACCGGACUGCCUGUUCUCUGGGGACCUCCUCUUCCUCGCUGGCUGCGGGAGGAUGUUCGAAGGUUCGGCAGAGACGAUGCUGGGAUCACUGGACACCGUGACCUCUCUCAAUGACAGCACUCUGCUGUGGCCGGGUCAUGAAUAUGCUGUAGACAACCUGAAAUUUGCAGACGUGUUGGAGCCUGAAAACGCUGUGCGCGACAAAAAGUCCCAGUGGGUCAGUCAGCAAAGGCUGGAGAAGAAGUGUUCGUGUCCUUCCACCAUAGGUGAAGAGAAGGAGUACAAUCCAUUCCUGCGGACGCACUGUAGGGACUUGCACAUGGCGCUGGACCUCCAGCGAGGGGCGGAUGAGGAAUGGAAUCACUUUCGUGCUCGAGUGUUAGAGGAGGUCCGACGGAAAAAAGAUCUCUUCAAGGAAAGAUAGUGCCUCCGCCUACAGACACAUGGACGGCUGUGCACGACGACCCUCCCCUCCCACCAGGCACCUGUAUGAUCCUGAAACUGUCAUGUGUCACCUUCGUCAUUGGUGUGCCGUGUAAACCUUCCUCUGUGUUCUACAGCGGAGAUUAUUAUUCUGAGUGCGCUGAAUCCUGCGUGGAAGAGCAAUAUUAUCACUGUACAGAACUAAGCCCCGAUUCUUUCCUUAUUGGAUGACUUUGCACUAAUGUUUUGACAACUCAACAUGAC